GCUCCGCUCUUAUCUGUAUUAAAUGCAGCUUCUAAUCGUUCUGCAUUUUUUAUUUAUAAUAAAUAUUAUUUAUAUUAAGUAAACAGUCAGAUUGAGAUUGGCGAGGAUCCGAGUGGGGCACAGCUGGAUCUGAAGAUGGGAUACACUUUGCACUGCAUAAUGGGCUUAUUAUUGUUGCUCAGUACGCUCUUCUACGUAAAUGCUGAUGCAAGUAAACCCAGAGCCACACUGACAGCACAAAGUUCAAUCAUACCAGCAGGGGGCAGUGUGACACUGAGCUGCUCUGUGGAGGGCUCUGCUGGCUGGAAUAUUUAUUGGUUCAGAAGUGAUUCAGUCUCUUCUGAAAUCCAGCUCAUAAGAGAAAAUGAAAGAAACAGAGCUAUUAGUGUCUCACAAGGAGGUCUGUACCACUGCAGAGGAGGGAGAGGAGAUCCAGUUUUCUUCACAGAAGAAAGCAAUGAAGUUGCUAUUAUAGAAACUGCUACACUGAGAGCACAAACUUCUGUCAUACCGGUAGGGGGCAGUGUGAACCUGACCUGCUCUGUGAACACAUCAUCAUCAUCUGGAUGGAAAUACUACUGGUACAGAGAUGAGAAAUCUUCUGAACCUCUGACCACACAAGAUGCAGUUUUCCACUCAAAUGGACAAAUCAGUGUCUCACAGGAAGGACUCUACAGGUGCAGAGGAGGAAGAGGAAACCCAGUUUACUACACAGAGGACAGCCAAGAAGUUCAGAUUUUCAAAACUGUAACUGUGUCAGGAGCUGACGGCUCUUCAUCUCCUGUGUGGUUGAUUGUUGGACUGGUUUGUGGAGUCUCUCUCAUUAUUAUUCUCCUGCUCUUGUUGUAUCGCUGCAGACAGUCCAAGUUUGCAGAUGAAACCCAAGAUGUCACAUAUUCUCUCAUUAAGCUUAAAGAUUUUGAAAAGAGGAGGAAGCAUCACAAACCAGAGGAGUGUGUUAUUUACUCUGAGGUAAAGACAAGAGCUGCAGAGGACAGUCUGAUGUAUGCUGAGGUCAAACAGCCCAAAAAAGAAAAAGCCAAGAAAAACAAAGGAAAAUCAAGUCCUGCAGCUGAUGCAGCAGUUUAUUCUGAAGUCACAUCAGGAAGCUCUUUCAGUAAUUCUGCUGCCAUGCAGGCUGAUUUAUUCUUCACAUUAUUAAAUGUCUUCAGCUCAUAAUAUCUUUACAUGUUGGAAAUCACUUUGUCUUUUUGUGCUUGUCUUACAGGUCAGUGAGGAGAGCUGUAGCAGCAAAGCCAAGAAGAAGCUUUUUAUGAAGCCACUCUUGCUCCUCUGAUAUCUAUGCUCUCAUUUUUAUGAAGAUUAUAUAUUUUUAAAAUACACUUUUUAAAAAGAAAUAUUCAUUGUUAAAGGUUUUGUAUAAAACUUUGAAUGUAUCCUGUUCCAACAGCUGCAAAAAAAAAAAUAGUUUGAAAUAUGUGAUCAUAUAUUUAUUUUUUUAAUAUAGCGCAACUUAAAGUCAGAGUUGUUUGCCAUGACUUUUGUUGCCAUGAAAACUGGAUACUGCUGGACUUCAGGUUUGCUCUGGCCAUUUUACUUUAGUUAUUUUGUUUGUCCUUUCUUAGUUUUAUCGUCUUUUGUUAUUCUAUUUGAGAAGGAUUUAUCUUUUAGCUCUUUUUAGAGUCAUUUUAUAUAUUGUGAAUAAAAUAAAUGUUCUUAUUUGCUACUCUUUUGGUUGUAAAAGACUUUUAUUGGUUACUUUCUAUUUUGCCUCUGGCUUAUUUUUAUCAACUGAAAAGCCUCAUGAUUUCCCAAAAAUGGGGAAACUAAUUAUGUGGUUUCAGCCAAAAGCCUUCCGUUUACGAGAUGUCUUUUUUCAUUGUAUCAGCACACAGCAGAGAGUAAACAAGGAGUUCAGACAAAAAGCACAGUGGAAAAAUCACUUUGAUAAUUAUCACUGUUACAUUUAAGUAUGCAAGACACUGUGUGAAAAGCAAUGAAAGAUAAUUGUGGUCAUUGUGGUGCUGAGACAUGGAAGGUGGGAAAAAAGCAACAAAAAAUGUGUGAAACUCAAAAUUUCUCACACUGAAACACAGCCUGUAUGAGUCUGUUUAAAAAAAUAAAAA